GAAGAAGGUCAGCAAAGCUGCUGAUAAGAGGCAUAUAAAGAGGGCUUGGCUCAUGGCAAGGGGGCAGUGGUCUACUCGCUGGCAACAUGCUGCGCCUGCUGGUGUUUGCCUCCCUCGUCCUUUAUGGACACGGCACCCAGGACUUUCCAGAAACCAACGCCAGGGUAGUUGGAGGGACUGCGGUCUCGAAGAAUUCUUGGCCCUCUCAGAUUUCCCUCCAGUACAAGUCUGGAAGUUCCUGGUAUCACACCUGUGGAGGCACCCUCAUCAAACAGAACUGGGUAAUGACAGCUGCUCACUGUGUGGAUAGCCAAAUGACCUUCCGUGUGGUGCUGGGAGACCACAACCUGAGCCAGAACGAUGGCACCGAGCAGUACAUAAGCGUGCAGAAGAUCGUGGUGCACCCGUCCUGGAACAGCAAUAACGUGGCUGCAGGUUACGACAUCGCCGUGCUGCGCCUGGCCCAGAGCGCUACCCUCAACAGCUAUGUCAAGCUGGGUGUUUUGCCACAGUCGGGAACCAUCCUGGCUAACAACACGCCCUGCUACAUCACAGGCUGGGGCAGGACUAAGACCAAUGGGCAGCUGGCCCAGACCCUGCAGCAGGCUUACCUCCCCUCCGUGGACUACGCCACCUGCUCCAGCUCCUCCUACUGGGGCUCCACCGUGAAGAACACUAUGGUGUGCGCUGGAGGAGACGGAGUUCGUGCUGGAUGCCAGGGUGAUUCUGGGGGCCCCCUUCACUGCUUGGUGAAUGGCCAGUAUGCUGUCCAUGGUGUGACCAGCUUUGUAUCCAGCCUGGGCUGUAAUGUCGCCAAGAAGCCCACAGUCUUCACCCGGGUCUCUGCUUACAUCUCUUGGAUAAAUAAUGCCAUUGCCAGCAACUGAACAUUUUCCUGAGUCCAGAGGCCUUCCCAAGAUGAUUCUGGGACUGACAGCAGAACUUGAGGCCAUCAAGGAAAAAACCAUUCUAAGACACUAUUGAGCCAGAUGUGGAAAAGCAAAUAAAAUCAAAUAUACAUAUCA